AUGAGUUUUUCAGAUUCAAGCGAUGAUUUAGAAUUGAUGGAAUUAAGCGAUGAACCUGCCACAACGCCUAUAAAGGCCAAAAGUAAGAGAAAGAGAAAAAUUCCGAGUUCUCUUGCGGACAUUUACGACACUAACAUGGAAGAGGAUAGAGACGAAAAGAAGGCAAAAAAAGGUGACAAAAAUUAACAUCUGCUCUAUUGAUUAUUGAAAGACUACUGUAUUAUUAUUUUGAAUUUAAUAAAUGUUCUGCUAUACAUUUAAUUUAGGUUGGUGCAUUAUAGAAUGGGAUGGGGAAGAUACAUACGACCCAGUUCUAUGCAAGGACAUAUUUCCUGCUGAUGAACUGCCGAUGACAUCCAUCGCAUUUUGUCCGGGGGAAAUUGUUUCUGCACUUUGCCAGGGAAAGCGGUAUAAAGGUAGAAUUGCUGCUUUUGCAGGUAAAAAUUAUAAUAUAAUAAAAAUAGUACACUAAAACAUAUGCUGUAUACUAUAUAUUUUUUAAAUUUAUGCCUUUUUCCAUCUGUGUCGGCAUCAGCCUCGGGGCAACUUGUACGGUGGCGCUGCUACUGCCAAUUGUAAAAGGCCACGUCUCAGCCGGUACCUUUUUAGACUACAAUCUAUAUGUCCCUACUGAUUACUGAAUCUUGCAUAUAGAGUUUUUGUUUUUAAAUAAUUUUAAUGUUUCUUUUCCCACUUCUGUUGAAUCAGUGUUGAUAUCGGCCGCUGUGGCUGUGGGUGGAUACGUGGCGCUGCCACUGGUAAAAAGAAAUCGACCCUACCGCCCGGCAUUUUACUUUUCUUGUUUUAAUCUAUCUAUAAUUUUUAAAUAAUUUAUGCCUUUUCCCCCACUUAUGCCGGCAUAUGCUUUGUGUCGCUGUGGCGCAGCACUGUUUCAGUUGUAGGCCUGGUCAAUUAUUUUUUAACCAAUUUAGCUCUGUGAAUCCUAUGUCCAUGCCUAGCGGACGGCCAUGUACAUAUGUUGUAAGCCAAGCCUAAUUAUUUAAGGCUUAAGAUGCCUUAUAGUUAUACUUACGUAUUUAUGAGUUAUGAUUGAGUUUACAUACUAAUAUAUUUUCAUACUUUAAUUCAGUAUUAUAAAUAAGCCUGAUGUCAAUGACAAUGGUUUUCGUUUCAGUUUUGUUUUAUAGCUGUGCCAUGAUUAGGUUUGCCGGAGUAAAUAAUCAUAAUUCAUAAAGAAAUAAAAUUGAAGUCGCCCAGGGACAGGGGCAGGGAAGCCAAACUCUGCUAAUUUUUGCGACAUGGUACUCGGCUUUAAUAUCAUAUUGUUAUUAAAACUGUUGAACUAGAACAGUAUUCAAUAGAUAAACUUGCAACUUCCCUGUGCCUGUGUCCUGAUGCCCAUCCAGGUAGUCACUGUCGAGUGUCGACACUGUCGAAAAUAUUUUUAAUAUAAAAUAUUUUUCUAAAAUUAAUAUAUAAAUCAUAAUUUUUGAAAUACAAUAUCCCCGACUCUGUUUGCUUUGAGAAAUCAAAUUUUAAAAGUUCAAAAACAUGCAAAAGUUCGGUUAGUUCUUGCAAUGAAAUAUAUGUGCCUAGGCCCUAGCCUCGUUUUGAUGCUCUUUGCAAGUCUUAAUUACUGUUUUACACUAAUAUUUUAAGCACUUUUGUAAUUUCGUAGUUUGAAAAAUUAUUUCGAAAUGAUUUAUUUAUGCAUUUUUAAAAUUUACAAUAAACCGAGCAAUAAAACGAAGCCGGGGACUUUCAACUGAAACAUUUGACCCAAAAACACCAUAUUAUAAAAAAAUGAUAGUGUGUGUAAAACUCAAAGCGAAAAAUUACUGCCGGACGCACUUUAACUUUUCCGACAGACAGACACUGUGCCGAUGCCUAAAAUAAAUGACAAUGCCUCGGACAAUGCCAUAGGCCAUGGGCAUGGCACUGUGGCCAUGGCAUGGGUAAUUGCCAAUUCGGGCAAUUAAAUGCACGAGAGACAUGUAAAAAAGUUAAUAUGCUGUAUUCUGUACAUAUUCUAUAGACAUACUGCGCUCGAUUUUUAGUACCGUACCACUUUUUCGCUUAAAUACGUGGUCCAAGAACCAAAAAGUGGUACGACAACGAGUACCAAUUUUAUCCGUACCGUACCAAAAAUUGAGCAGUAGUGUAAACGGGCUAUACACCUAUAGUCUCAAAUACACAAAACAUGUACGUAACAAGUGGUUUUUCCUAUUCCCUAGAUGUGCCAAGUCAAUUGCGAUGCAAUUAAAAGAAUCCAACAGCACAUAAAGCUGUUGCGUAGAGGUAGUAUAAUAAAUGUACUAAAUUGACCAAUGUUAUGUCAGUAUUAUCAGUGACAGUGUCAGUAAUAAGCCGGUUACAGACGAGCAUGUUUUCUAUGACUAUGACUAUACAGGGUGUAUCAAAAAAAGCGCAAUCCUCGACUGAAAUGUAAAUUGCUAAACAAAUAAUAGACGAAAACGUUAAAGUUCAUUGUUAACAUUAACAGAAAAAGUUAACAUUCAUUUUAAAGCGUAGCCAUUCAGCUUUCUAACAGUGGGUUGUUUCAUAAAUUUGACUCAUUGGUUCGCGGGUAAUAAUACUUUACGUUAUUGCGAUUGGAGAUUAAAAAAAUUGAGAUGGAAUAACAAAUCGUUCUCAUGAAAAUAACUGAUUUUUUCAUUAAAACAAACAAAUGUUGCAUUUUAUUAAAUGGAUUGUAACAAUAAGUAUAAUUACGGCUUUUCUUCCACUAUUUUUAACUCAGUUUGAAACUUCAAAUGCGAUAUAAUUUUGGCUUGAACCAUCUAAGCUGACUGACAUCAACUUGCUAUAAUUUCUGUUUACAUUACAUCGCAAUUCGAUGACACUCUGGCUCAGACACCAGAAUGUUUUGACGAUUUUUAGCAUUCGUUUAGGAUUUUCAAACAACCUGGUCUCUUUUAAAAUACUUUUAAUUUGUUCUUACAUGGUUUUCCAGAUGUAGUGACGACAACAUUAAAGUUUAAAGAAGAAAAUUCUAACAUUUAAACCCACUAAACAAUAACAUAGUAAACUUGCAUAAUUAAACAGCAACUAAAAAUGAUAGGUUUUACUAAAUCUUUUCCUGUGCAAUUAUUACUAGCAUUGGAGACAAGGAUAAUAGUUUGUUUGAAAGAGAAAAGAACAGGCUUUGAAGUAAGCCUACAAGCGUUUAACUAGAAAUAGUAUUUCGAAAGUUAUUAAGCACAAAAGAUGAAUUGCGUUUAUUUUGAUACACCCUGUAUGUUAUGACAAGUUUUUAUGUGACAAGUUUUAUUUGCCAAACCCAAGUGCACGUGUGUAUAUGCAACAAAUUUUAUAUGACAAGUUAGCUAGCAUGCUAGCUUUUGAACAAGUCCACUUGUCAUGCAUAGAAAAAAAUGCCAAAGUUGCGCGUACAGACGAGCAAAUAAAACUUGUCACAUAAAAACAAUAGUCUAGAAAACUUGCUCGUCUGUAGCCCGCUUUAUCAGUGCACGUACUCCGUUAAAAAUCUUACUGAUCUUUAUUAUUGUCUUAUUAAGGAGUUUUAUAUUUUAACUUAAGUACUGUAACGAAGUUCAAUUUCUAGGAAAAAAGUGCGUAUUAAAUAGGUGUAAAUUAUAAAUAUGAACUUUGCCUUUGUGUUAAACAUAUUUUUGUAUAUUACAGUUGUAAGCAGAAUUGAAGCGAAACAAGGGCCAGAUUCUGCAGCUUGCACAACCACUGACACCUCUUCUGUGAGUACUUUUAAUUUAACUAGCCCGGCCAAAACCUUACAUCGUCUGGCGCGCGGUUUUAGCUACUUUUGAUUGCCUGGUAUGAUUACUUACGUGUACGUGUAUGUAUAUGGAUGUGUAUGUAUUAUUUAUCAACCUGAGUCAUAUAUAAUUUAUAUAUGUCAGUAUUUAUGUUACUGCACGACUUACUGUUAUGGAUUGUAUAUGAUUUAUUUACCCCAUGACCAUGUAUUCGAUGUUCCAAUAUUGGGACUUUGUUUGAAUAAAUUAUUAUUAUUUGGCAUUUCGAUAUGACAUUAUGUAAUGUUCUUCCUGCUUUUUAUUGGCAGAUACAACCAAGCAAUCAAUAUGCAACUAAUAACCUAACGGUAACGCCUUCACCUGUAAAUGUUACAACACCGCUACCAGUUUCACCUGCAUCACCACAAUAUCGUCAUCCAUCAACACCAUCUUCUCGACCAUCUCCAUCACAUGCCUUAUCCACUUCAUCCACAUCGUGUUCACCUGCACAGCCACAGGAGAGUCAAGCAGCCAUCCCACACCAGUUAAAAUCAAAAGCUUCUGCAGCUGGAAAUUUUAAAAAGGCUGCACGGAUUUUGGCGGUUUCCAUGUUUACCGUGGAGGAACGGAAACAGUCCACCCUUACAGGCGGUAAGGGCAAAAACAAACUGGACCCGGAAAGAAUGCUGCUUAUUUGUGGUUAGUAAAUUCAAAUUUGACAAGGGGAUCUUUUAAAAGGGUAGACUGAGAACAAUGUAAAUGAACCAAUAUUGAAACAACCAUGCACCACCAUAAUUAUUAAUACCUUAAUUAUUUCAUUUAUAGAUUUUCUACGCCAUAUUUAUCCUAAAACAUUCAAUGCCUUCCAAGUCAAUCGUGUAGUUGGACAGGUAUUGAUUGAAACAAGGCUUGGAAGACACCAAUUGAAUGGCGAAACCGCUGCAACUAGCACUUAA